AUCAAUUUUUUUUAUUUUGUUUCUUUUUAUAUGGGUGUUAUUAUUGUACAUUGUACAUUUGUUUAUGGCCUAACAUUGUUAUUGAAUAUUGUGAAUAUCAUUUUUCAAACAUUUUUUUGGACUGAAGAUUUCGAACCUUAUUAUUUUUUGGAAGAAAAAAUAAUGAAAAAAUCAUCAACUAUCGAUAUCGAUGUGGAUAUCGAUUUAUUUCAAAAUGAUUUAAAACAUAUUGAACAGGAGUUUAUUGGAAAUAUUGUUUCAAUAUUUAAAAUAUCAACAUUAAAUAAAGAUUUUGGUUUUCUAUUUAUAAUCAAUGAUGAUGAUUCAAUUUAUGCUUAUGGUUGUGAAAUAUGCAAAUGGCUAUCGUUACAACAUGAUCCCAAACAACCACAAAAGAUUGAAAUUUUGAAUGAUAAGAAAAUUAUUCAAAUCGAUUCAGGUGAUAAAUUUAUUGUCGUUUUAACUGAUGAUGGACAAGUAUAUCUAGCCAGUAGUGAUGAUUCAGAAUGGCAAACAAAUAAUACUUUUCGAUUAAUAUCUACCGGUGAUGAUCAUUUUGAAAUGAUAGCAUGUGGACAGAAUUAUUUUUUAUUGUUACGAAAAGAUGGUACUGUUUUUGCUUUGGGAGAUAAUGAAUAUGGUCAAUUGACCAACGAUACAAAUUCGUAUGAUAAUCUCGUGGACACUGGUUUAAAAAAUGUCGAAAUAAUAGCUUGUGGUGGUGGCCAUAGUCUAGCUCUCACUGAUACGAAUCAAAUUUAUUCAUGGGGCUGUAAUAAGUAUGGACAAUUAGGUCUAGGUGAUGAAAAUGAUCGAAAUAUACCCACACUGGUUUCAUUUCCCGAUGGUUCGAUUGAUAGUCCAAUCAAAAAUAUUGUGGCCGGUGCAGUACAUUCGUUAUUUGUAUUCGAUAAUGGUCAAAUGUUUGGAUGUGGUCUUGGUCAACAUCCUAUGAAUGAUUCAAAGCAAGAUGCAUCUGUGCCGACAAAAAUUCCAAUCGAAAAUGUACAAAGUGUUGCUUGUAAAAAUUAUCUUGAUUUUUCAUUGAUUAUGGAUCAAUCAUUACAAUAUUAUGUAUGGGGUAAAGUAAAAAAUGAAGAAUCAUUAUUUUUAUCACCACCAAAAAAAUUAUGUGGUCAACCAAAAUCAUUUGCUUCUGCAUCGGCAAUAUCAUGUAGAUCACCAAUCACUUAUGGUUUAACAUCAACAAUUCAUGCAUUCGAAUCGAAUGAUACAAUAUCAUUUAUGGGAUUAUUAGAUAAUCCGGAUAAUUAUGAUGUUGAAUUUAUUAUUGGCGAUAAACGUAUAUUGGCUUUAAAAUUUUAUCUACGAAUGGUAUCCAAAUAUUAUAGUCGAAUGUUUUCAGGUGAAUGGAAAGACAAUAACAAAAUUAUUAUCAAUUCAUUUAGUUAUGAUGCCUAUUAUUCAUAUUUACGUAAGUUACAUAAUGGUCACAUUCGAAUCAAUCUUUCCAAUAUUGUUGAACUUAUUGAUUUGGCAAAUUGUUUUGAGGAUGAACGAUUAAUGAUGCAUUGUCGUACAUUUAUACGAAAUAAUUUGAAUAAGCGAACUUUAUUCAUUUAUCUUCCAUUGAUUGAUAAAUAUGAACUUGAUGAAAUGCAUGCUAAACUUGUUGAAUUAAUUAUCGAUGAUGUUUUACCAAAAAUCAGUAAAAAUUUUUUGGAAAACAAAAAAAAUAUUACAAAAUUUUUAUUAUGGUUUUUUGAGCAAUAAUAAUUUUUUCAGAAACCAAAAAAAUUAUAAAUUUGAAUUUGUUUUUGAUUGUCAUUUGAUAUUCGGUUCGUUAUAUAUGAAUUCAUCUGCUUUCACUCAGCGUGUUAACACAUCAGUUACUUUUUCGAAUUCGAAUGUUUUUUUUUUCAUUUGUGUGUCAUAUUUUGAGCAAUCUUUUGUUUUGUUUUUUUCAAUAAAAGU